AAUUUAUUUUGAACGUCAUUAUUUGUUGGAUGAUAAAAUUUUGCUUGUCAUCUGCAACACAACUUUUUCUAUAGAAGAAAAUAGUAAUAUCUAUAUUUGUGAAAUGGCGUUGGCAGAAAUAGCUGGUAUUGCAAACGCACCAUUCUUUAAAGAUAGAAAUAAUAUAAUGAGGUUUUCAAGUCAAACAUACAACCUUGAGAACCCGUAUUGCUUGUUGGCACCGCCAUCUAAUGGGCUAGUGAAUAUAGGAUCUAUGCAGGCCGCUGGAGCACAAAGCAGUACUAAAAUUAAUUACGAUCACGGUACUACAACUUUGGGAUUCAAGUACAAAGGUGGCGUUAUAUUGGCCGUUGAUUCUCGUGCGACUGGUGGUCAAUUUAUUGGUUCCCAAGAAAUGAAAAAAAUUGUAGAAAUCAACAAAUAUUUGUUGGGUACAUUGGCUGGCGGUGCUGCUGAUUGUGUAUACUGGGAUCGUGUUCUUUCAAAGGAAUGCCGCCUGCAUGAACUACGGAACAAAAAGCAUAUUUCUGUGGCAGCUGCAAGUAAAAUCAUGGCGAAUAUUGCUCAUGAGUAUAAGGGCAUGGGCUUGAGCAUGGGUAUGAUGCUAGCUGGCUAUGAUGAUAAAGGUGCUGGUCUAUACUAUGUCGAUUCGGAAGGAUCUCGAUCGCCAGGAAAUAUAUUUUCCGUGGGAAGUGGUUCAAUUUAUGCGUAUGGUGUACUUGAUUCAGGUUACAAAUAUGAUUUGGAGGAUCAAGAAGCCUACGAAUUAGGGCAACGUGCUAUAUAUCAUGCAACAUUCAGAGAUGCUUAUUCCGGUGGCAUUAUUCGAGUGUACCACUUAAAAAAAGAUGGUUGGAUAAAAAUAUCGGAGCGCGAUUGUAAAGAUCUUCACUUUAGAUACCAAGAAGAAAAAAAUUAAUAAUUUUUUAAUCAAUCCAUAAAAUCAAGAAUCAAUGUAGUUAUUUUUAAAUAAAGUUUUACUAUAGAUAUGGUUAAAAGCUUUAAUCAAUUCGAUCGUACAAAUAUAAUGAAUCUAUGUAAAAUAACAUAGCAACUACCUAUCUUAAAUCACCGGUUAAUAACGCAACAGCGUUACCAGAGAUUUCUGUUAAAGAUUCUAUGAGUUUCUUAAGGCUUAAUUGACAAUUCUAACCGAAACUCUUGUGUACCUCGUUCAUUGUCAUCAACAUUAUUUACAGGUAUCCUUUCUUUAAUCUUGGAAUAUUCUUUUUAUCAAAUAAUUUGAUUUUGGAGAGGAUAAAAGAAUAUUCCAAGAUUAAAGAAAGGAUACCUGUAAAAAAUUUGUCCUAAGUAGUAAUUCCUAAACUAUAGUAAUAAUAUGGAUAUGGAUUUUGUAUAUUUUAAAAAUGAAUUGGUCCAAAAGAUUUCCAUGCUUAUAUGUUUAGUAUGGCAUCACUUUCAUUUAUUAACAUGCAACCCUUUUAUUAUUGUGUGAAUAAAUCGAACUAAAUAAGAAUUUGAAUGUUGCAUUAAAAUGAUUUAAUAUGUAUAAAGUAAGCCUAAUUAUGUUAAGUAUUAAUGAAUAAAAGUGAACGGUAUAAGUGCCAAAUUCAUUUUAAAAGAAACAUAACAUGAUCAUUAUUUACGAACUAUAUUAUACAAUUAAAUAAGAUAAACCAAGAGAAGUACAUAUUAUUACUCAGGAGGGCCUCUAUCAGCCCAUACAUAUUUUAACCGCGCAUCCAGGGUCUCCUUUCUAAAUUGCAAGCAAAAUAUUGAAAUAAUGUCCAAAGUCGACCUGGAGUCAUCCAAAAACUAUUCACAGCUUUUAAGCAAUCAUCACAGCGUAAGAAGUCACUGCCCAGGAGGUAGUUCUAACAGUGGAAUUGAAGGCGAUGCCAGAAGUAUUGUAAGUGCAAUGAUUUUUACAUGGUUUCGGUUCCAUCGGGUCUACAAAUUGCUAUUGCUUAUAUUGUUCGUAUUAGUACUAUGGCCUCUCUUCGCGCAUUACAGUUUACUAAACCACCCUAUCAACGAUGUUCCGUCUGCUGAUAUCCAUCGCAGCCGACCUCUUUUGGAUGCGUAUGAGGAUUUUAGUUCGAUGCGAGCUAGCGAUUUAAAGAUGCGUAUUGAAGAAAUGCUGCAUAUAAAAAGUACAGUUUCGGUAGAACUACGGGAACUUGAAUCGCGUCGACAAAAGCUUCAAUCAGAUAUUGGAAAAUAUAACCAAAAAAUUGAAGAGUUAAAGCAAAAUUUAUUACGUGAACAAACCGAACUGGAAAGAUUAAAAAUAUCUGUUGAACAAGCGCAAGUAGCUCAGCGAGAAGCAAUUCAACGCAACACUCCCGAUUUGGCUCUACCAAGAACUUUAUACCCCAAUAUAUUGCCCCGAAAACUGCCAGCCAUAACUACAGACGCAGGAUUGUCCUGUGAAAUGUACAACUGUUUCGACUAUUCCCGUUGUAGUUUAACAUCUGGAUUUCCUGUAUAUUUGUAUGAUCCAGACUUAAAUAAUAUAUUGCGGCCAGGUUACGACAUAGAUGGAUUUCUGAAAACUACAAUUAAACAAACACUUGGCUAUAAUGCUCAUAUUGUGCAUGAUCCUAAAAUGGCUUGCAUAUUCCUGGUGCUCGUAGGUGAGGCUAUGCUGGAAAAUGAUUUAAUGAAAAAUAAUCGAUAUGCAGUCGAAGAAGAAGAACGCAAAAACGAUUCAAAGUCUCCUUUAAUAGAGAUUCCCAUCGAUAUAGAGAAACUAUUCCAAUUGCCAUAUUGGGGUGGUGAUGGCCGCAAUCACGUUUUGUUAAAUCUAGCACGACGCGAUUUACAUUCACCGCGAACCAACGCUUUUCUUAAUCAAAAUACUAUGCGUGCCAUAGUAGUGCAAUCAUCAUUUGAACGUCUACAAUUCCGCCCUAGUUAUGAUCUAAUAGUACCACCUAUUCUUGGACCACCUGGUGGUGAUGUUUGGCAGGAAUGUGCCCCAAUGAUUCCAGCACGACGUACUUAUCUUUUAUCUUUUCAAGGAGAACUGCGUCCAAGUGAUAAAACGGUGCAAUUACAUCCAUUAGAUGAUUUUAUUUUAGAUCAUCUUACUGACAUGUCCAAAGGUUCCACUCAAGACAAAUUCUUAUUGCAAUUUCAUUGUAUACCAGCCACUGAACAAUCAGACGAACUGGCUUAUAUGGAUUGGGCACUUUGUGGUACUGACUCAUCCCGGAAAGCAAUUUUAAAAGAAUCAACUUUCGUAUUAAUUCUGCCGCCAUUAGAAAAACGAAUCAGCUCAACUCUGAUGUUAGCGCGACUUUAUGAAGCUCUUAGAUCUGGUGCCAUUCCUGUAAUACUUGGUGCUGACGAAGUCCGGUUACCUUAUGCUGAAACCAUAGAUUGGCGACGUUUAACCAUUUUGCUCCCUAAAGCUCGUAUUACCGAACUGCAUUUUUUGUUACGUGCUGUGCAAGAUGUUGAUCUAGUACAAAUGCGACGCCAAGGCAGGCAGAUUUGGGAGAGAUACUUAAGCUCGGUGCAAGCAACCGUCGAUACAAUAAUAGCUAGCCUACGAGACCGCCUAGGUAUACCACCACGUCCAGUUCUGUCUAUUGUCGCCCAGAGUGUAUUCAACAGUACAUUUAUUCCACUUAAAUCUGAUCCCCCUGUGGGAUUGGAUACAGAGCCGGAGGAAUCAUUAGGGCCUAUAGAACCACCAUAUCCGAGUCCUGCAUUUCGACGUAAUUACACAAUUUUACGUAUGCAAUCUGGUGAGGCAUGGAACCUAUGGGUUGAUCCUUUUUACAUGUAUCCACAAUUGCCUUUUGAUCCAGUUUUGCCCGCCGAAGCUAAAUUUCUUGGUUCCCACAUGGGAUUCCGACCCAUCGGAAAAGGCAGCGGAGGUGCAGGAAAGGAGUUUAGUGAAGCCCUCGGAGGCAACUAUCCACGUGAACAAUUUACUAUUGUUAUACUUACAUAUGAACGCGAACAAGUUCUUAUGGACUCUCUUGGUCGCCUUUACGGUCUACCCUAUCUGCACAAGGUAGUGGUGGUGUGGAAUUCCCCCAAACCUCCGCUUGAUGACUUACGCUGGCCCGACAUUGGUGUACCAGUUGCGGUGGUACGUGCCCCAAGAAAUUCCUUGAACAACCGUUUUCUACCCUUCGACGUUAUUGAAACCGAAGCGAUUCUCUCUGUUGAUGAUGAUGCUCACUUACGUCAUGAUGAAAUAUUAUUUGGUUUUAGAGUUUGGCGAGAGCAUCGCGAUCGCGUUGUAGGAUUUCCAGGUCGAUUUCUUGCAUGGGAUUUGCACUCAAAUCGGAAUUGGAACUAUAAUUCCAACUACAGUUGCGAACUAAGCAUGGUGUUAACAGGAGCCGCUUUUAUACAUAAAUAUUAUAUGUAUCUUUAUACCUACCAUUUACCUCAGGCUAUACGCGAUAAAGUUGAUGAAUACAUGAAUUGUGAAGAUAUAGCUAUGAAUUUCUUAGUUUCGCAUAUAACCCGUAAACCGCCUGUAAAAGUAACAUCAAGAUGGACGUUUCGAUGUCCAGGCUGUCCAGUAUCGCUCAGCGAGGACGAUACACAUUUUCAAGAACGCCACAAAUGUAUAAAUUUUUUUGCACAGGUCUUCGGGUAUACACCAUUAUUAAAUACACAAUACCGUGCUGAUUCAAUACUCUUUAAAACACGAAUACCGCACGACAAGCAAAAGUGCUUCAAAUAUAUCUAAAAUACAUAAUGAAUUUCUUGACAACGUUUGAUAUGCACAAACUAUAUUACGAAAUCUGCUCUACACACAGAUAUACGGUUAUCGAUUUUACCAUGUUUUUAUAUUACCGCUAAUUAAAAUACAUGUAACAUUCUAACGCGAUUAAAAUAAACAAACAAUAUUUUCGUUGUGCAAAGUUAUGAAUUACUCAACUAAUUCCCCUUUUUUAAUUCUUUUAAAAAUUACUUUUGAAUUAAAUGAGAAGCAAAAAAGUACAUAUAUUUAUAUGUUAAUUUAAUUAUUCAAGCAAUUUUAUAUAGUUUUGUUAUUCUUAAAAAUUGCAAUUAUUAUAAGUUUUCCAUUGUUUUAAAGGAUCCGUAUAUAUGUAUGUAUACAAUUCAACUAAUAAUGCAUCUUAGAUAUUACUAUAAUUUCAGUUUAAAAAAAGAGUUGAAGUACAGUAUGUUGACAUAUUUAUUUAUUUUUUCCAUAAUUAGUUAUCCUAUAUACAAUACAACGUAUGUAUUAUAUAUUUUUAAUAGCAAUUUUCUUUUCCUCUAGUUUGUGAAUAGUUAUGCCUUAAAUUUUAUACACAUUUUAUUUAUAUACAUAUGAAAUUGUAAGCCUAGAUCAAAGUAUUGCCUUAUAUAGCAAUUUUGCAUUAGUUUAUAUUGCAUAUUUUAUUUUUUUUAACAAAAUCAUUAACAUUUAAUGUUCUUAUUAGGUUAUGUUAUGGAAACAGUGGAUUUAAUGGAGUAUCUUCAUCAUGUAUAUCUCCACUGCUGUAUUCAUUAAGCUUUAUACCUAAAAUAUUUUCAGUUAAAUUGAUAAAUAUUUUAAAAAUUCACAAA